AUGGGUCCAGCUUCCCCGUUUCCUUGUCUUUCUCGAGCUUUUGUCUUCCCUAAGGUAUUUCUCUACUUUUCACGUACCACAAUGGCCAACUUAGGGAAUGAACUUGUAAAUGCGACAUAUGAAUUUGACAGUGACGAGUCUUUAUCAUUCGUUGGGUUCGAGAAUCCAGAUUACAUGGAUAUUUUUUAUGGGGUGGAUCCACCUAUCCAAUCCCUCGAUGUACCAAUCGGUAGUUGUGGGUUGGGUUUGGAUUCCUGGAACGAUAACGACGAUUUUGUAGCGAGGUAA